AUGGCUGAACGAGCUCCUCAAGGCUUCUUCAAAUGCGCUAUUGCAGUUGCUCCAGUAUCUAACUUUUUGUAUUAUGGUAAGUACAUUACUUACGUUCAAAAUCCAUUCCUUACUGAAAUCGGUUUAGAUGCAACCUAUACGGAGCGAUAUAUGGGAAAUGCAGAUGACUCAGUGUACAAUGCAAAUGACAUAUCCAGGAAUGUAGAAAACUUUAGGAAGACUCGCUUAUUACUUGUGCACGGGCUAUACGACGGUCAGGAAUUUUUGUUGCAAACUUCGCUCCAAUAA